AAAACAGAGUGCGUGGCGCGGAUAAAAAGAGGUGAAGUCAAGAAAAAACAAACCUAAGAUUCAGAAUGUCUGGUCGUCACUCCGAUUCCGAUUCCAAGCGAUGCCAUUCUAGAUUCGAUUCAGACCCCAACAAGAGAUAUAGAAGGGAUGAAUAUGGAAAAGAAGACAGAGAGAGAGUGUCAAGUAGCACUGAUGUUCAAAAUGAAGCUCUUUUCGCUAAGCACAACAAACCAAAUGAUCCUAUCCAACUUCCAACAUCUCUCUCUUAUUUUCAGCACAAUGAACAAGGUGGCACUGGGCAGGUUGGCCGAAGCUCUGGUCAAAGGAAGGAGCGUGGACGGUGGAAGGACACAAAGAAACGGUUUAAUAUUAAUGAAAGGGAAGAGAAAAAUCAUGGUAGAGAGCAGAGAAAUGAGAAAUCACAAGCUAAACUGGAUGAUAAUACUUUCCAGAGAAGAGAUGGUUUUACCGGAAGGUCGAGAAAAAGAGCUUCAUUUAGAGAGAAGAAGAUUGUAGCGGAUUCAGGUGAUGCUAAUGUGGCUGCAGUAAAGUCAGGCCAGAAGGAGGAAAGAAACAGCAAUCCACAGCAUUUGGAUAGACCUGAGAAGCAUUUUGCAGAUGACAAGGGUGAAGCUAGGAGGGGAAGAAGGUAUGGAGGCAAUGACAGUUACAAGGGAAGAGAUAAAUUUAAUGGAAGACAAGGCUAUCGUCCUGAGAAGUGGAAACAUGAUUUGUAUCAAGAGGUAAAUAAGGAUCCCAUUCCAGAGAAUGAGGAUGGCCAGAUUGCGAAGCUGGAAGCACUCUUGGCUUCAUAAUAUCAUACGUGUGUAUGUGUCAAGCUAUCACCAUCUUCAACUGUCAAUUUUAGAAGAUGCAAACUAGAUUCAAUUGAGGCAGGCAGGUUUUAAAAUUGGAAUGGAGCACAGAGCAAUUUGCAAUUUGGAAUUGUAAUAAAGCAUUUUUGCUUGUUUUAGACAAUUUCUAGUUCGCAAAGUAUCUACAUGUCUAUGAUUUUUAUUUUGGUCAAUUUAUGUACACACCACUAUUACGGUGGUUUAGCUGAAUUGGAAAAGAGUGUCUCAAUUGCAUGAUCGCCGGUUAUGGACAUCACAUAUGUGAAAGUAGAUUUUUUAACUUUAAGGUGAAUUUAAUUAUGAGAAA